GUGAGGAGUGGGCGGGACGCAUUUGGGUUGGCGGCGCGAGCAGCCGUUGGAGGGCCGGGCGCGAGGAGAAGGGGUGUGCGCGCAUGCGUGCCGAGAAGGCUCUCCUGAGGGGUCGUUAGUGGAGUCUUCAUGAGCCGGCGCUGCGCCGCUGCCGCCGCCUCCGUCCUGAGGGGCCUCGUGGGCUCCGCCGUCCUCUGCCUGGCGCGGAGCACGGCCAGCAUGAGCCUGCGGGGGAAGGCGCCGGCGGCCUGCCUUUCGGGGCCCUCCUCCCCUUCCUCUUCCUCGGCGCCUCCGCGGGUGAAGCUCCCCUGGCUGCGCCUGCCGGAAGUGCCGGGCGCCGAGCCCGCCAAGACCAACGACGUGCUGCUGCUCCUGCCAGACGACGGCCCUCUCAAGGCGCCACCUCAGCAUCACGUCGUCUACUUUCCCGGGGACGUGCAGAACUAUCAUGAAAUUAUGAUUUGCCAUCCAGAAAAUUUCCAGUGGGAACAGUGGUGCUUAGAAAACAUUGCUGCUAUUCUUGGCCGUCGUUUCCCUGGCAGUUACAUCUGGGUUAUAAAAUGUUCCCGUAUGCAUUUGCACAAAUUUAGCUGCUAUGAUAAUUUUGUGGCAAGUAAUAUGUUUGGAGCACCUGAGCACAACGCUGACUUUGGAGCCUUCAUGCACCUUCACGCAUUGUUACUUAAUGCAUUUAAACUUGCUCAAAAUAUUUUGCUGUCUCAAAAAAGUAUGCAUGAUUUCCCCAAGGAUACAAAGCCACCUACCUGUGAAUUGCCUCCUGUUGCUACGACUAAUGGAUGUCCAAGAGGAGAAAGGGAGAGAGACUGUGAAUACUUUGGCUAUUCUUCUCUGGGCUUUAUUGAACCUUCUGUUGUUGGUGGAGCGUCAUUUACUUUAAUCGGAUUCAGUAAAGGUUGUGUUGUCUUGAAUCAAUUACUUCAUGAACUAAAGGAGGCAGAAAAGGACAUGGACAUAUGUGCCUUCAUAAAAAAUAUAAAAGCAAUCUACUGGCUGGAUGGUGGUCAUUCUGGAGGAAGCAAUACGUGGGUGACAUACCCUGAUGUGCUGAAAGACUUUGCACAGACUGGGAUUUCAGUUAAUGCUCAUGUCACACCAUAUCAGGUCUUCGAUACAAUGCGGGCAUGGAUUGGGAAGGAGCACAAGAAAUUUGUACAAAUUCUUCAUGAGCUUGGUGUAAAUGUAAACAGCAAACUUCAUUUUGCUAAUGAAGCACCUUCCCUAGAAAACCAUUUUAGAGUUCACGAAGUAUUCUGACACUAUAAUAUCAAAGUACUGAAGUAGAUUAAAAGAUAUCUUUAGCAAUUUGAGAAUUUGCUUUCUCCUAAGUCAUGAAAAGUGAAAUACUUCAAUGUGUGCUAAUGUUUACUUUUUCGGGCACACCUCGAUUAAAACCCAGUCUUACGUUGAUUUUGUAAUUGGAGAGCCACAACAGAAACUCAUGGCUUCAAGAUAAAUUAUCUUGUUCUAAUCAAGAGAGCAAGAUGUCUGAGGAAAAGCAACACUGAUUUGCCUGAAACUGUUUAUGUCAGAUGGAAAACUUCCUUGAUGUUUGGUUUACUUACAUUUAUUUAUUUAAAACAUAUUCCGCCCUUCUCACCCCGAAGGGGACUCAGGGCGGAGCACAACAUAUAUACGGCAAACACUCCAUGCCAGGACAUAAAAUAAUUAUAAAUAUACACAAACAUUAAAAACAGUUAUAUCUACUUUAAAAUCAGCUAUUUAACCAACUUAGGACACCAUGCUGGCUCCGAUUACAUGGAUUUUUGUGGCCACAGUCUUCAAAUCCAUACUCCAAAACUAGUAUCUGAUUAUUCAGGAUCAUUUUAUUGGUUAAGCAUUUAUGAAUGGUUCUUUUUUAUUCAGAAAGAACUAUGGACAAAGUAUUUUGGCCCUGCAUUUCUAAUGCUGGGGCUUGGGUCUCUGUAGCACUUUGUCAUAUCACAAUCAAUGCAUAAGUUACAUAUUUUAAGGCAGCCUGAGUCUUUAAUGUAACAAAUAUGUUUCAUUUUCCUUGGGAAUUAAGGUGCACAACUGUCGGUACUAUUUGCAUUCUGAAGUUCCUAACCAUAGUUGGAACAUCUGCUAGUGAAUGAGGUGGGGGGCUUUUUGAGACAUUUAAUGACCACUAAAUAUCUGUUGUUUUUUACAUGACCAAGAAUGUAUAAUGCUAUUCCAAGUUUAACAUUCCCUAUAAGUUCUAAAACUUGACUUAAUUCAUAACAUAUUUUUGAACUUUGAUAUAUUGAGAUUUGUUAUAUCUAUUGUAAAAACUAUGGCAACAUAGGUUUUGUUGAAAAUUGUGUUGCAGGUACAUAUGGGAUCUUAACAUUGUAAACAGUGGUGAGUGUUAGAAUAGGAUGUGUAGCAUAAGCAUGUGGAAAAACUGCAGCAGUGAUUUACUGUCUGGCAACAAAAGAACAGAGGAGCAUAUAGAAUACAAACCACAGUAAAAAAAAAAACAUAAUAUCUGUGUGGUUAAGAAUUAAGAACAAUCACUAAAGUUAGUGUAGCAACAUUCAGUUAACAUGACUGAACAAUAUCUUUACAAAUUGUUUGAAAGUCAGUAUUUGCUAAGCAAUGUAUUCUGUGAAAUGGGAAUUAUCAAUAUAUAGAAUGAGUCUAAAUUUCUUAGUAAUGGAGGCUUUAUUUUUGAUCUCAGAAAGCUUACAUGAACAAUAUUAAUAUGGUAGAUUGAACAGUAAUUGGUCCGAAGCCAAUAUCUCAACUAAAAGUCAUUUGACACCACGGAAUUAAUCAUAACUUGUAACAUAAUAGCUUAGAUUAAAAUCUGCAUAAGUGCCCUAUGUUUCUGAGUGAAAGCACGUUCAGCUUUCUAUUUAACAGACUCAUUACAUUUCUGAUCAUAAGUAAGCUAUAGCCAUAUUGUAGCGUUUCAGCUUCAAAGGAGAAAGAGAGAAUUAAGUUUGAUACUGAAUGUGAAACAUCUUUUGCCUAUCUAUGAUGGGCAUUAGUCCCUAUUUAGUGGCUCUUUGCAUGUAUUUGGGAGAUUGCAUAUUGAUUCUGCUGACCUAUUCUCUUCAGUUCAUGGGUACAUGUUAGUGGAGCUGCAUAUAGAAGUAAGAGGAGAAACCAGCACACGUGGCUUUCCAUUCAAGUAUACAUAAAUCCAUGGAUUGGGGAUUAUAUAGCCUGGAUACGAGGAUGCUCAUACAUUCCUGUUAGUGUUGUUAAUUUGAGUUGCAUGUGGAUGGGAAGCAAGUGGAGGGAGAUUUGGUUUUAUUUUUAUUUCUAUUUUGCAUUUUUGGAAUUUUAAAACAAAAUUAUUUAAAAGUUUCCAUAUUCUUUAGGGAGACUUAUUUAUGAACCUUGUGACCAAAAUCUAGGGUUCUAGCAGUUAGAGACACUUGAAAGCAGAAGCUACUUUUAUCUGAGAAAAAGAAUUACGUUCCUAGGAUUGAGUAAGAUCCUGUUGUAUCUGUGUGAUGACAGAAUGGCACCCCUCUACUCUUCAGUCCUUAUCUACUCCAAAUCUGUCAUGGAACGUUGGGCAGAUUUUGGGGAAAGUACAUGAGAACUUGGAAAGGUCAUAUAUGUAGCACAGAUUAGAAAGUUGGGUUUCUGUGCCAAUAUAUGAGGUUUUCAAUGUGGCAUAAAACUGCUGCUGGACUUUGAAAGCUGUUUUUCUAAAUAAGCACUUUGGAGUUUGUUUGUUGCAAUAGGUGGUUUAAAGUUAUUCCUCUGUUGUUUUUUCUCCUAACAGAUAAGCUAGCUACUUUUUUGUUGUUUCUUGAAAUUAUUAAUAGGCUCUUGGGCUCUGCUUCUUUUCAUUACAAUAUCUGCAAAAUAUGCUGAAAAUGUUAUAAGUAAAAUCACUAUAACUGUAGAUGAAAUACAAAUAGUUCCAUAAUAAACCGCGGAUAUUGGGCAAAUUGA